AUGGCGAUGUCUUUUGUUCCUCGCGCCGCCUUCCCCUCGCUCGCGCAUCUGCCGCGCUCCUACUUCCUGGGCCACCACAAAUCCGGUCUACAGAAGAUGAAGACACUCCUUUCCAGCAUCGACCUCGUCAUCGAAUGCCGCGACUACCGCGUUCCGCUCACCUCACGCAAUCCAUUAUUCGAAGAGUCCCUCGAAGGGAAAGAGCGACUGGUCCUGUACACGAAGCGCGAUCUUGGAGGGCGCGAUACAAAGAAUGAGGAAAUCAUAGCGAAGUGGCAUGCGCCAACUCCAACAAUGUUUGUGAGGAAUGGCAACGAUGAAGGCAGCGAAGCGAGCAGACGCAAGAGCGUAGGGAAGCUCCUAGAUUUUCUACGGGAACACGCGCAACAGAGGUGGAAGCUCGUCGGACACAGGAUCAUAGUCGUAGGCAUGCCCAACGUAGGCAAAUCUACAUUGCUGAAUGCCCUUCGCGCUCAUGGCAUCGGCAAAGGGAAAGUUGCAAAGACGGGCGCGCAACCCGGCGUCACGAGGAAGAUUGGCAGUGGAGUCAAGAUCAUCCCCAGCGAAGACGAUGCAGCGAGCAUGGAUGAAACCAGCAAGAAGAGAUAUAAGGGUGUGGGUGGUGGCGUGUAUCUCGUUGAUACGCCUGGCGUCUUCAUCCCCUACGUUCCUGACGCGGAGGCGAUGAUGAAGCUUGCGCUUUGCGGCAGCGUCAAGGACUCCAUUAUUCCGCCUGUCAUGCUCGCAGACUACCUUCUCUAUCAUAUGAAUCUUAUCGAUCCGACUCUUUAUGCAGAGUAUGUCCCUGGGCCUACAAACGACAUCGUAGAGCUAUUAGAGGGCAUUGCGAGGAAGACGGGUCGGUUGGGCAAGGGCGGGAAAGCCGACACGGAGGGGACGGCGCUAUGGAUGAUUCAGAAGUGGAGGACAGGCAACCUGGGGGCGUUUCUCUUAGACAAAGUGAGUGAAGAGGGCCUGGAGGUGAGCAAGUUGGCGGAGAAAGAGAGGGUGCCGAGUAUCAGUCAAGCGCGGAAAGCGCAGCGAGAGAUGAGGCGAGAAAGAAGCAAGAUGAGAGGGCAAGCGUGA